CUAUGAGGUGCUACAGAACUGCUGUGUCUGCGACAGAUAACGACCUCAAUAUAAACUCAAAGUCAUUUCUCUCUGAUAAACUCUCAGUUGAUAAAUUGAAGGAGAGAAGUGAGAGUCAUGUUACAGCCCCCCGACAUCACCUGCUUUUUAUUCUUCUUUCUCUCCCUGACGGACACAGGGACAGUAGAAGUGAAAGUGAGCGACUCAGCAGUGAAAGUAGUGAAGGAACAAGAUGUGUUUAUCCCAUGUACAAUCAGUGGAUACGGCAGCACAGAACUGGAUCUACAGCUUCUCUCUGUCCAUUGGAGCCGUGGAUCUGACCCAGUUUAUAUCUAUGACAGAGGCUCCCCCAACCCCAUCAGGACUGGAUCAGAAUUAUUAAACACUCAUCUCAUCAGAGGCAACGCUGGGCUGUAUAUACCACAGGCUCAGAUCAGGGAUGAGGGAGAAUAUACCUGCGCUGUUACUUUAAAUACAGAGACAUCAAUGGGACAAUGUAGAGUAGAAGUAUCAGUUAAACCCAGUGCCAGGCUGGUGCCCUCUGAUGUUAUUAUAGAGGAAGGAACAGAGAGGGGGGUUACAUGUCACGCCAAUAAUUAUUACCCAGAAAUGAUAAAGUUCCAGUGGAUAAAACAUCUCAAUGAUGCCCAACAUGUUGUUCUGCGCCAAGGAGUCUCCACCAAUGAGCCGCUAGAGAAUGGGGACGGAACCUUCAAUGUAACCAGUCAGCUGAUGUUAAAGCCUUCUAUGGAGGAUGAUGGGGAAAAGUAUUCCUGUAUCAUAUCCCACAGAUCCCUGGAGAAUGAUCUUGUUCUUGAUUUUACUCUGUCUGUAAAGGCAAAGUUAAAGAUAAUCCUGCUGGGAGCUGUGUCUGGAUCAGUCGCUGCAGUGAUGAUUGUGAUGUGCAUCUGUUGCUGCAGAAACAUUGUGUGAAUAAAGGUAAAUCAAGGGAAUAAAGGUAAAUACUGUGAAUGAAGGUAAAUAGUGGGAAUAAAGGUAAAUAGUGUGAAUAUAGGUAAAUACUGUGAAUAAAGGCAAUUAGUGGGAAUAAAGUUAAAUAGAGGGAAUAAAGGUAAAUAGUGUGACUAAAGGUAAAUAGUGGGAAUAAAGGUAAAUCAUGGGAAUAAAGGUAAUUAGUGGGAAUAAAGGUAAAUCAUGGGAAUAAAGUUAAAUAGGAUGAAUAAAGGUAAAUCGUGGGAAUAAAGGUAAAUAGGAUGAAUAAAGGUAAAUAGUGAGAAUAAAGGUAAAUACUGUGAAUUAAGGUAAAUAGUGGGAAUAAACGUAAAUUGUGGGAAUAAAGGUAAAUUGUGGGAAUAAAGGCAAAUAGUGUGAAUAAAGGUAAAUACUCUGAAUUAAGGUAAAUCGUGGGAAUUAAGGUAAAUCGUGGGAAUAAAGGUAAUUAGUGGGAAUAAAGGUAAAUUGUGGGAAUAAAGGUAAAUAGUGGGACUAAAGGUAAUUAGUGGGAAUAAAGGUAAAUAGUGGGAAUAAUGGUAAUUAGUGGGAAUAAAGGUAAAUUGUGGGAAUAAAGGUAAAUCAUGGGAAUAAAGGUAAUUAGUGGGAAUAAAGGUAAUUAGUGGGAAUAAAGGUAAGAACAGAUUUUAUAUUUUGGACAUUCCAAAAGCCACGAAAUAUCCCAAAGUUCCAUGAUACAAAGCAAUAGAUAUGUGUCCCCCCCCCUGAAUAUUACUCAUGCAAAAGUUUAGGAAAUA